GUACCUUGCUUCACAGGUGAGCCAGACAGUGCGCGCACCCACCGCCCCCGCCCAGAUCCCCACCGGCCGCUGCCACCACCAUGCGGAGCGCGGAGGCGGCCACCGUGAUGCGGGUGGCGCAACGGGUGGUGGCCCCGUCGGCGCCCACGCCGCGGGGGUCGCUCCCGCUAUCCUGGCUAGACCGCUACCCGACCCAGCGCGCGCUCAUCGAGUCCCUCCACGUCUUCAAAGGCCGCGCCGACGCCGCGGAAGCUCCCGCCAGGGCCAUCGAGCGCGCCCUGGCUGCCGCGCUCGUCAGCUACUACCCCAUCGCCGGCCGCCUCGCUGUCUCGGACGAGGGGGAGCUGGUGGUCGACUGCACCGGUGAGGGCGUGUGGUUCGUCGAGACCGCCGCGAGCUGCACGCUCGAGGACGUGGACUACCUCGAGUACCCGCUCAUGGUGCCCAAGGACGAGCUCCUGCCGCACCCCACCUAUCCCGCCUCCGACCCUCUCCCUGAGGACUCGCUGAUCCUUCUUGUCCAGGUGACGCAGUUCGCGUGCGGCGGCUUCGUGGUCGGGUUCCGGUUCAGCCACGCGGUGGCGGACGGUCCCGGCGCGGCGCAGUUCAUGACGGCGGUGGGCGACAUCGCGCGAGGUCACGUGGCGCCGCUGCUGGCGCCGGCGUGGGGACGCGACGCGAUCCCGAACCCGCCGGGCGCGGCAGUGGGCCCGCUCCCGGUCCCGACGGAGCUCCGGCUCCAGUACCUGGCCAUGGACAUCUCCACGGACUACAUCGAACACUUCAAGGCCCGGUUCCUGGAGCAGACGGGCCACCGGUGCAGCGGGUUCGAGGUGCUGAUCGCCAAGGCGUGGCAGUCCCGCACCCGCGCGGCGCGGUUCGAGCCAGGGUCCCCCGUGCACGUGUGCUUCGCCAUGAACGCGCGCCCGGCCCUGCGCCGCGGCACGCUCCCGGACGGGUUCUACGGCAACUGCUACUACAUCAUGCGGGUGUCGGCGCCCGCCGAGCGCGUGGCCGACGCGUCCGUGUACGACGUGGUGAGGCUCAUCCGCGAGGGGAAGAAGCGUCUCCCCGCCGAGUUCGCGCGGUGGAGCACCGGCGAGACGGGCUGUACGGACGAUCCGUACCGGAUCACAUCGGACUACCGCACGCUGCUAGUCUCCGACUGGUCGCGGCUCGGGUUCGCGGAGGUGGACUACGGGUGGGGUUGCCCCGUGCACGUCAUCCCGCUCACCAACCUGGACUACAUCGCGACGUGCAUCCUGGUCCUCCCCUCGGCGCACAAGCCCGGCGCGCGGCUCAUCACCCAGUGCGUCGCCGCCGACGCCGUCGAUGCGUUCCACAAGGACAUGAUGCGCCUCGACUGAUCGAAGCUGAACGACCCCGAUCGCUCACUCUCCCUCGUUACAUAAUUUAAUUAGUUCGUUCUUGAUGUACCCAUUCCAUGCCUCGUCACGGUUGGGUAGUAGAGUGGAAACUAGAAAAGAAAUGCGCGACAGCGCGUAUCAUAUCACCAAUACGAACUGCGUGCCUGUAAUGUGAAGCAUUGUUUAUUCUUUCGUCUAUCGGUUAAAGGGAAUUCGUUGCGCUUUA